GAGACCGCAGACACGCCGAGACUUCUCUGCGCAGUGUGUACGGCGCCGGAGUUAUUUUUACGCACGAGCGGAGGAUUUCACUCCACGCGCCGUUUUACUGCUGUUUUGUUGUUAUUUUAAGAAACUUUUAGACCUGAUGGCCACAUUUCUUAAUGUUCAUUACAGACAAAACCUUUUUAUUCAUGUGGUAAAGUAGAUGCGUGAGUUGGAUAACUGUUCAUGAUGUGGCACCAGCUCUCUUCUGCGGGUAUUUCCUUGUUUAUCCUAUUUGUUAUAUAUAUUCCUUUUUCCCUCCUUCCAGUUUCCUCAUCACGACCAAAUGCUGUGUCUCCUCCUGGUGACGUUCCUGUCGCUGCCCUCCGCUCUUGAGGGCGUCGCGGCGACUCUUCUGACUUUCACCGACACGGACCCGGUCACCGGCGUCUCGGUGGUGUGUGAUCGGUGCCCCCCUGGCACGUAUCUGCGCUCGCGCUGCACUGCCGACAAAAAGAGCGUGUGCGCGGCCUGCCCUACAGGGUCGUUCACGGAGCUGUGGAAUUACAUCGGUAAAUGUCUACGAUGCGGAAUUUGCGAUCAGUACCAGGUGGUGAAGACGCCCUGCUCCGCCAAAAGCGACUGCCAGUGUGAGUGCAAACCGGGAUACUACUACAAGAAGAAGUACGAGAUGUGCACGCGCCACAGCGAGUGUCCCUACGGACAGGGGGUGCUGACCAAAGGUACACCUGAUGAGGACACGGUGUGCCAAAGCUGUCCCAACGGCACCUUCUCCAACACCGUCUCUGCUGUCCACAACUGCACGCUGCACAAAAGCUGCGAAGCUGCAGGGCAGGAGCUGGUGCUGAGGGGCUCCACGUGGCACGACAGCCUGUGCACGAGCUGCGAAGAGCUCAAAUCAAAAGAUGGAGGCGACUACCUCAAAGAAAUCCUCCCCGCUUUCUUCGUCCACCAGAAAAUAAACAUCAGACGGCUGCGUCGCAUCGUGCACAAGCUACCGUCUGAGGACAACAGAAGACAAGCAGCCACCUCAGGACUUAACCUCUCAGAGCUUCACGCACGGAUCGACUCUUGGGUUGCUUCUGCCACGGCGGAGCAGGUCCGUCAGCUUCCGGAGGUAGUGACCAAAACGGGAGCGAACAGCGCCGGUGAGCGACUAAAGCACAAGCUGCAGAGAAUCGAUUCAAACAUGAAGGAGCUGUGCGCUGCAACGAAAGAGUUGGAUGUAAUUGCUCUGUCUUAGGUAGAAAUUAUUUAGUUAUAGGUGUCAAAGAUUUGGAAUAGUCUAGUGUUUGUUUAGGGAAAAAAUACUUUUAUUUUUUCAUGUAGUUUAAGAAUUGCUGCCCUUUUAGAGAUGCACUGUUCAUACAGGCUUUCAUACUUUUUGCAUUAGUUAAAGGAGAAUACCCGGUUUUGAGAGGAAGAGUUCGUAUUUCUGCAUCAAGCUGAUUAACUUCCCCCCUUUUUUUUAUUGCAUUCCAUUUUUUCUUGUGUUUUUCUUCUUAAACCAAAAAAAAAAAAACUCAACUGUGUCACCUAGCUUGAAAUGACAUGCAAACCAAUUAAUUAUAUAAUAAACUAUGCAAGGCAAAAACUGUUUUUGAGGACGCUUCAUUUCAAGUCAGGUGACUGAUACAAAUAAUAUAAUAUAAGGGAGAUCUAAUAACAGGAAAAGUCAGUUCACUCCAAAAAAAUGUGUAGUUUCUGCUCUUGGGAGAUCUUAUGUGCACAUUUUGGAAUCUCAUUGUACUCUUUAACUUUUUUAAACCUGAAUUGAUAUCAGUUUUCUUGUGCAGCAUUCAGAUGCCUUUCAGGAGCAUUUAAACCUUUGAAAUGUCAGCAAAUUGGUUUGAUUUCCUUCAAACAUGAGGAAAAGGGCAAUAAGAAACUUGGAUACAAGAAUGUCCUGCAAAUUUCAAGAAUUUAGUAAAAUGUGACAAAUAAAUGACCUAAAAAAGA